AUAUUUAUCAACAAAAUCAUGAAAAUUUUGAAUCAAAAUUUAUCCGAUGAUUCUUUCAAAUCAUUUGAUACGAAAAAAUUGAAAACGAACGAUAAUGUUGAUAAUUUUCAAUUUAAUGUUGAACCAUCAGCCUGGAAACGUCCAUUAAAAUGGUCAAAUGUAAUCAUAUUGUCCAUUUUACAUAUUGCUGCUAUUGUUUGUUAUGUGGACGUUUCUAUAACACUUUUUCAUUUGAAAACUGUUGUGUUUUCAGUGCUUAUUGGUGCCAUGUCUGGUAUUGCUACAUCAGCCGGAUCACAUCGUUUAUGGUCACAUCGAUCAUAUAAAGCACGGUGGCCAUUGAAAUUAUGGUUUCUAAUAUUUCAGGCAAUCACUAUGAAUGGAAGUGCUUUGACCUAUGCUCGUGAUCAUCGAACACAUCAUAAAUAUUCGGAUACCGAAGGUGAUCCAAAGAAUCCCACUCGCGGCCUGUUUUAUUCACAUAUUGGUUGGUGGUUGGUGAAAAAAACCGAUUCAGUCAAGCAAGCAGGUCGAAAACUUGAUUUUUCUGAUCUUUAUGAAGACAAAUUACUUUAUUUUCAGCACAAAUAUUACAUUCCCAUUUUCAUUGUGUUUGGUGUUAUUNUUCCAACUAUUAUUCCUGUUAUAUUUUGGAAUGAACGUCCAUGGAUUGCUUUUAGCGUCUGUGUUGUUCUUCGCAUAUUCCUAGUUUUGCAUCACCUGUUCACAGUAAAUUCCCUUGCUCAUUAUUUUGGUUACCGACCAUAUGAUUUUCGAAUAAGACCGGCUGAUCAUCGUAUUGUUAAUUAUAUUUCAAUGGGCGAAGGUAUACAUAAUUAUCAUCAUGUAUUUCCAUUUGAUUAUCGUAUCAAUGAUCGACCACAAUGGGAAUUAUUUAAUCCUGCAGUAAGUUUCAUACAUCUUUGUUCACAUUUUGAUUUGGCAUAUGAUUUGAGAAUUGCUUCACCUGAUGUAGUCAAAGGAACUAUUAAACGAAAAGGUUGUUCAGCAUUAUAUGAUCCUAUUCGAAGUUUUAAAUUCCGUAUCCUAAAUGCAAUAUUUGAUUGGACAAUUGGAAUAUUAACACUUUUAUGGAUCAUUUAUCCGGCAUUAUUUUAUAAAUUAGCAGCACAACCUAUUAUCUUUAUUUAGUUUUGAUUUUCA